AUACGAAAAAAAAGGAUUAUCUAAAGCACCUUCGAAUCCGUUGAGUACGAGGAUAAAUAUCUUUUCUCUUACUCAGUCGGAUAUUGAAUAGGAUUUGAAUAUUGGGUCAGAUUUGAAGUUGAUUGUACGGCAUUCGAUCCAAACCCUACCCGUUGCCGUCCCUAAUUUGUGCUCGAGAGAGAGAAGAGGAGGAAGAAUCGAAGAGAGAUGGCGACGGAGGUUGAGACGGCGGCGAGCGGUGGGGAGAUCGAUGGAGGACAGAAGGUGCCGCACCGGCUGGAACGGAAGUGGACCUUCUGGUUCGACAACCAGUCCAAACCCAAGCAGGGCGCCGCCUGGGGCACCUCCCUCCGCAAGGUCUACACCUUCGACACCGUCGAGGAGUUCUGGUGCUUGUAUGAUCAGAUAUUUCGUCCCAGCAAGUUGCAAGCAAAUGCUGACUUCCACUGUUUCAAAACUGGGGUGGAACCCAAGUGGGAAGAUCCUGAAUGUGCAAAUGGGGGCAAGUGGUCGGUGACAUGUAAUAGAAAGGCCACUCUUGACACCAUGUGGUUAGAGACGUUGAUGGCAUUAAUCGGAGAGCAGUUUGAUGAGAGCGAGGAAAUCUGUGGUGUCGUGGCAAGUGUGCGUCAGAGGCAGGACAAGCUUGCACUGUGGACCAAGACAGCAAGCAAUGAAGCUGUUCAGAUGAGCAUUGGGAAGAAAUGGAAGGAAAUCAUUGACUACAAUGAUAAGAUUGUAUACAGCUUCCAUGAUGACUCCAGAAGAGAAAAAUCAAACAGAGGUGGUCGGUAUAAUGUGUGAAUACUGCAGAUGACCUAUCAACACCUGAAAUUUUGGAUGGUUUUCUGCCAAGCUUUUGGGAGUUCAGAGGCACUUCAGUCUUUGGAGACUCUAGUUUGGAUCCUACCGAAGAACAACCUGUGUUAAGGUGCUUCACUUUACGAUAUCUGGAUAUUGUAUGUGCUAUGGGUACCAAAAAUACACGGUUACAACUUUAUGAUAUUUCUAGAUUUGAUUAGCCUGUACUUCCAUUUAUUUCUUCCAUUGGCUGUGCUUCUCACUUUGAUGCACUUGUGGAUUAGAUAGUCGAAUUGGGACCAUAUCCGAAACCUGGAUUGCAGGUUGACUAGCACUUAAAAGAGUCCCGCUAAUUUCCACCCUCUUUGUGGUUGUUUGGGCUUUUAUGAUGGA